GAGACGCCUUCAAAGAAAGCCCGGGUCCAGCGUUGGUGGCUCCUUGUACACGGGGCAAAGGCUGCAGUGUUCCCCUUGGGAGCUGGAGUUCGGUUUAGGAAGUGGUUUCUUUGUGGUCUUCGCACGCACAGGGUGAAAAAGGAGACCAAGAAGGCGACGAAGUGAAUAGCGAAGCAUGAACACCGUAAUUGGGGCUGCAGUUGGCUUGGGGGUCGCUGUAGUUGGUAUCCCUGCAGCAGCUGGAGCCCUGGGUUUCACUGCAACUGGAAUUGCUAUUGGAUCAGCGGCUGCUAAGUUGAUGUCAGCAACUGCCAUCGCCAAUGGUGGAGGAGUGGCUGCCGGGGGCGUUGUGGCCACAUUGCAGUCGAUCGGUGCUGCAGGACUGUCAGCUACAGCAACAGGUGCCAUGACUGCUGGAGGAGCCCUGCUGGGGAGCUUGGCUGACCUCCUCAAGAGGAAUUGAACAGUCCCACGGUUUGCCACUCAGCUCAGAUUAAAAGGAAGCUGUGCUCUUUUCUGUUGAGAUGCUGUCCAGAUUUUUGGACCACGCAUGCACGACAAAUACUCUAUACAACAGAAGCAAGCUGGCCAACGCUAGCCACCCCCAGCUUAGGUAAACAGUCUGCUUGGAUGUGAAAUGUCCCAUGUAACCGACAUCGUGAACUUUUGCUGUUCCCAACAGCUAGACCAAACAUGAGAUUGCUUAGUACACAUGGUCAUGGUGACGUGCCCUCUUGUGCUCAUGGCUCUAAAACCCACGACAAGCCGCAGCAUGUAGACCGAACCCAGGGAAUUGUAGAGAUGCUCAUAAUAUGAUCCUGGAUACCACUGUAAAAUCAUCCCUAAAUUGAACUGGAUGUUGUAAUCAUGUAUGUGUUACGCCUGCACUUAAGAAUCGCCUGGAAUGCUAAAGCUUGUACCAGUUUGUAUCUUAAUAUAAAGGAGUUUUAUUAAAUCUUCCACUCAGCA